AUGGAAAAAUUUGGAGCUACAUUUAUUAAUAAGGAUGGCCAUACAGAUGGAACACUAUUAAAAGAAGCAAAAAUAGUAGGAUUGCUGUUUGGUGCUGAUUAUUGUGAACCAUUUAACAGAUUUUUACCAAAUUUAACAGAUUUUUAUAAUAAUGUGAAUGCUGAUGAAAAAGUUUUUGAAAUUCUUUAUUUUCCUUUUGAUUAAAAAGCAAGUCAAUUUCAUGAAUACUUUUAAGAUUUACCAUGGCUUUCUUAUGAAUUCAAAGAUGCUAAUAAAAUAAAAAUGUAUCUCGAAUAUAAACAAUAUAUAUAAGGUAUUCCUUGUCUUAUUAUUAUAAAUCCAGAUGAUGGCUCUGUUUUAACUAAAAACGGAAGAGGACAAAUUGAAAAAUAAGGGAUUGAAGCGUUUGAAAAUUGGCAAAAUAUUUUAUCAAUGAAAUGA